UAUAUCUGAAACUGACAUUAAAACUCCAUGCAUGUGGACACUCUGUGCUCUGCAAUAUCCCCGUGACAACAUUUCCAACUGAAGAGAGUGCGGGGCAUUUAACAUUUUCUUCUUAAAUAAUACAAAAGUUAUAUUGGUGAAAAAGUUACUUUCGAAAUUGUCUAGUGCUCCAUUAGGACACGAAAUCCAAAUCUUUUAGGAGACAAAGAACGCAAUAAUCAUAGUUGAGAGUAAACUAAGUUUUGUUGGUGGAGGUGGCUGAAGCUUUGUAGUGAAUAGUUAUAUCAGAUUGUGAUAGCUGAGAGCCUGAGACAACUUAAUAAGUUCAUAUCAUUUCUGGUUAUUCUUCUCUCUCUCUCUAUAGUCUCAAACUUACCUCUUUCUAAUGGCUGGAGGACACAGAAACAAGGGGCUUUGCAAAUCAUGCAUCAUGCUUAUAGUGAUAGCUGGCACAGAAAGGUUAGCGUUCAAAGGAGUGGCAUCAAAUCUCGUAACUUAUCUCACAGACGUUGUAAAAAUGAGUAAUUCUCUCGCAGCCAAGACUGUAAACAGUUGGUGUGGCUUCACCUCCAUGCUGCCGUUGCUAGUAGCGCCACUUGCUGAUUCUUACUGGGAUCGAUAUUCUACCAUACUUGCCUUCUCUUUCAUCUAUGCUGUGGGGCUUGUGGCAUUGACAUCUACAGCAUUUACUUGGGCAUGGUCCCCUCCAAAUAGCACAAGCUCUUCUUCCUUCCUCUUCUGGUCCCUCUUUUUAAUAUCCCUAGGCCAAGGUGGAUACAAUCCGUCGUUGCAAGCAUUUGGAGCAGAUCAACUGGACACUGGUGAUGAAGAAUUGCCCACCAGCAAAGACCAGAAGUCAAGCAUCAAGAGUUUGUUUUUCAAAUGGUGGUAUUUCGGAGUCUGCAGCGGCAGCCUUCUGGGUGUCACUGUCAUGUCCUACAUCCAAGAUACCUUUGGCUGGGUACUCGGAUUCGCCAUCCCCACAGUUGCCAUGGUUACAUCAUUGGUAUUUUUAUCGUUUGGAGUCAGGUUGUAUAUGAAAAAAUCAGAGAAACAUAUUCAAGGUAAGCCGUUUCUCAACAUCGUUCAAGCUAUUAAAGCUGCUGCAUCAAAACUGAUGGAUUGCAAAACCGCCUUGCCGAUUGAGAAACCUGAUCUGGUGGAGCAAGAGCUUCAGGAAAAACCUCUUUGUCCUCAAAAUUUAGGCAGCAGCAAGGACUCGGUUGAGCUUGAGAAUCCCACAAACGGCGCCCAUCUUCUCCAAAAUGCAAGAGUAGUUAUCCGAAUUCUGCCCAUAUGGUUAAUGCUGCUCAUGUUCGCUGUACUUUUCCAACAACCCGCUACAUUUUUCACCAAACAAGGCAUGACAAUGGAGAGAAACAUCGGGAGCAAUUUCAAGAUCCCACCAGCGACGCUUCAAAGCGCAAUCACAGUCUCUAUAAUCCUCCUUAUGCCAUUAUACGACACAGUUUUGAUCCCAAUGAUACAGAUGAUCACCCGAAACGAAAAGGGUAUCAAUGUCAUGCAGAGAAUGGGAAUUGGGAUGUUUCUGUCUAUCAUAGCGAUGACCAUAGCUGCAACUGUGGAAACAAAGAGGCUAGAAUUGAGCAAGCAGACGGGGAAAAUCUCUGAAUCCGAAACAGUGCCACUAAGCAUCUUCUAUUUGUUGCCUCAGUACAUUUUGCUUGGAAUCUCAGACAUUUUCACAGUGGUUGGCAUGCAAGAGUUCUUCUAUAAUGAAGUACCAGUUAGAAUGAGAACGAUGGCGUUUGCUUUAUAUACAAGUGUUUUUGGAGUGGGAAGUUUUCUGAGUGCGUUAUUGAUCUCUAUCAUUGAAGUUUUGUCAAGGUCGAGAGGUGGACAAAGCUGGUUUUCUGAUGAUAUGAGGGAAGCUCGACUUGAUAAAUUCUACUGGUUUCUAGCUUUGGCAAGUGCUCUAAGUUUGGUGUUAUAUGUAAUCUUUUGUAAAUUUUAUAGGACUGGGUGUGAUUCGGAUUCUGUCAACCGUAAUUAAACCUUCCUUCUCGGGGAAACUUGAAAAGUAAAAGUGUAAUAUUGCGUUAA